UUGUCAUAUUUUAUAACAGUUUCCGUGUAAACUUCCUGUUAAGUUAGCUUACUUACAAGCAUUGAGACAGCAAGACAUAGCGUUCAUCAUUUAUUCUAUUUAAUGUACAUGUUAAUAAUUACUCUGAUUUAUUUGCAUGGACAUAAUUCCGACGGUUUUCGGGUUCCUCGAACGCAGCGCGCGAUUCGGCGGGGAGUUGAAUUUAUGAAGCUAGCCGCGCGAUGUAGCCGAAACACACCAUUACCACCGAAAAAUACCGCCUCCAGGGUCAAAUUCUACACUAAACUCUGAACAAAGUGACAUUUAUCUUCAGCGUUUGAGCAUUACUUCACGUAUUAUCCGUGCAAACAUAUCUGUGCUGCCUGUGUUGAGUCACAAUGGACCACAAUACUAGUAAACUGCUGAACCUCACGGCUGAGGGCAGGUAAGGAGGUCACUCAGUGAAGUGUUGCUUUCAUUCUGCUUCUCUCUAAAUAAGGAAAUAAACAAUGUCAUGACACCACGGCCAAACGCGACACUACCGCCUUGUUUCAUUAGACGACACGUGGCAUACGUGUAAAUACAUAAAACGUUGGCAUCGUUUUGGAGUGUUGUACUUUGUAUUUGUCCCUUUAGUCUGACAGAGUCGCAGAUGUUUUAUGGCUCUCAGUUUCGGCGUGAAAACUUCCAGGGUUUGAGCAGGUCUUCCGUGCACAGUUCACUAGAGUGUGCCCAGAUAUUUAAGCAAGUACGUCGUUAAGCCCAUGUUGUUUGGAGAGUCAAAAGGCAAAACGAAAACUCCGGGGUUUCUGGAAAAAUUUGACCAAGACAAGAAAAGUGCCAAAGAAAGAUUCCACAGUCAAGUCCUUGCAGAUGAAUUUCAACAGAUUCAGGAAACCUUAAAUAAGAUUCAACUGUCUCUUUCUGGCAAAGACGCUAAUAUUUCUAAUGGCAAAAUUGCUCAGGACAAGAUUAGCAAUUUAUCUUUGACUGUGCAAAGCAGUCUGAACAGUCUGCAGGUCGACCUUUCCCAUCGCUUUGAGGUCUUGCUUGACAAACUGAACACCCAAAGGCAAGCGAUGGGAGAAUUUGAUAUGAAAAUACAAAAGACCAAAGAUGUCACAAUAGGCCUCAGCCAGACCAUUGAAAGCUUAAAAGGUACCAUAGAAAGUCUAAAGCAGGACCAUAUGCAAGACGUCAAGAAGCUUGAAGAGGUGUCCAAGUUGCUCUCUCCUGUAGCCUCAGAGUGUCUAGCGAAGCCAGCCAAAGUUGUGAUGGUGGACACAGCAGUACAGAAAUCCCCUGGCAUGGACAAAGGGCUUGUGAUUUCACCACAUAUUUUGCCAUCAAACAAUCGCAAACAAAACGACCCUCAAGGUCGCCGUGCCUCCGUACCACAGAUGAGAUCUUUGAAAGCAAUCAGGAAGCGCAAAAGUAGGCAGUUGGUUCUCUGGAAUAAAAAGGGGCACUGUGUUUCAGAUGAAAACAAUCCAGCUGUUGUGAGCAAACCUCUCAUGGGAUCCACACUUCAGAGUGAUCAAAAUCACUUCAACAAGGCAGGUACAACGCAUGGUUUACAAGGGUCCAAGCCAACUGACAUGACUCCUCUCAGCUGCUGGUCCACUGACAGCGACCACUAUGUGAGCAUUCAAGUCAGACUCCCUGAUCAGGUGCAGCCAGUGAGCCAGCUGAGAUCUGAAAGCCUCUGUACCUUGUUUGAUUCAGACGCUGAAGUGUGGAUUUAGCAUCAACCCUGCUGUUUGUUCUCCAGUGUCAUACUCUGGUUCACUAAUGCUA